CUGAGGUUAUCAUCAAAUUUGGACUAUUUAAAGUGGAUACAAAACUAUUUCUGCCAUGCAGACAAUUAAGUGUGUUAUUGUGGGUGAUGGUGCUGUUGGUAAAACAUGUCACCUGAUAUCUUACACAACAAGUAACUUUCCAUCUGAAUAUGUACCAACUGUUUUUGACAACUAUGCAGUCACUGUUAUGAUUGGUGGAGAGCCAUAUACUCUUGGACUUUUUGAUACAGCAGGACAAGAAGAUUAUGACAGAUUACGACUGCUGAGUUAUCCACAAACAGAUGUAUUUCUAGUCUGUUUUUCAGUGGUCUCUCCAUCUUCAUUUGAAUAUGUGAAAGAAAAGUGGGUGCCUGAGAUUACUCACCACUGUCCAAAGACUCCUUUCCUGCUUGUUGGGACCCAAAUUGAUCUCAGAGAUGACCCCUCCACUAUUGAGAAACUUGCCAAGAACAAACAGAAGCCUAUCACUCCAGAGACUGCUGAAAAGUUGGCACAUGAUCUGCAGGCUGUCAAGUAUGUGGAGUGUUCUGCACUUACACAGGCCUAAAGAAUGUGUUUGACGAAGCAAUAUUGGCUGCCCUGGAGCCUCCAGAACCAAAGAAGAGCCGCAGGUGUGUGCUGCUAUGAACAUCUCUCCAG